AUGGCGCAGGGAAGCGGCGGUGCGACCGCCGUGCUCGCGCUGCUCCUCCUCUGCGUGCUCCUCCACGGCGACUUCGCCGAGUCCAAGGUGUACACCGUCGGCGACCGCGCCGGCUGGGCCCUCAGCUCCGGCGGCUGGCCCAGGGGCAAGCGCUUCCGCGCCGGCGACGUGCUGCUGUUCAAGUACGGGCGCGGGGCGCACAACGUGGUGGCGGUGAACGCGGCGGGGUACAAGUCGUGCAGCGCGGCGAGGGGCGGCCGGACGUACAACUCCGGCAGCGACCGCGUCACGCUCGCCCGCGGCACCAACUACUUCAUCUGCAGCGUCCCCGGCCACUGCCAGGCCGGCAUGAAGAUGGCCGUCACCGCCGCAUGA